CGCAAACAACUUUUACUUGAAGAAAUUAAAUUAUCACUGCCACUUUCGAAAAAAAUACUGCCAAUUCACAUUAAGAGCACAUUACAUGUUAAACUGGAUACCUUCACGUCAGUUAGUAUAAUCACGAUGCAAUCACGCGCAACAUGUACAAGAGUCAUGCAAGACGUAAGUUCAAAGGUUAAUCAUCAGACACGUGUGAACAGUUCACAGGUUACAGAGACAGGCAUGAAUCCGAGCUAUGAUAAGGAACACCCAAGGAAUUUGAUUCCUGAAUUGUGUCGAGUAUUCUAUGAAUUGCGAUGGGUUACUGGAACCGGAGGUGGCAUUAGUAUCAAGUCUGGGAAUGAAAUCUUUGUAGCGCCAUCUGGAGUUCAAAAAGAGAGAAUUCAACCUGAAGAUCUAUUUGUGAUAACUACUGAUGAGAAAGAUGUAAGUGGACCUCCUCCAAGCAAAAAAUUAAAAAAAAGUGCCUGUACUCCAUUAUUCAUGAAUGCUUAUAAAUUAAGAGAUGCUGGUGCAGUGAUUCACAGCCAUUCUAUGUAUUCUAAUCUUGUGACUCUUAUCAACACUGGUGGAGAAUUUUGUAUCACUCAACAAGAAAUGAUCAAAGGAAUCAGGAAUGAUCAAGAUGGGACAUAUCUGUGGAUGAAAAAGGCCAUGGAAGAAUACCCAAAAUGUCCUGCAGUUCUUGUGCGGAGCCAUGGUAUUUAUGUUUGGGGCCCUUCUUGGCAAAAAGCCAAAGCUAUGUGCGAGUGUUUGGAUUAUCUUUUUGAGGUUGCAGUUGAAAUGCAUAAAUUGGGAAUGAAUCCAGCCAAACCACCUGUAAAAAACAUUGAUGGUGAACAAAAAGAAUAGAAGUCUGUGUAUAUUACAUGUCAAUUUAUAGAGUCACAAACUAUGACACUUUAUGCCUAUUGGUCAUAACCAGUUUUAUUAGAAAUUCUAAAACUUUAAAAUAUAAGAUAUUCACACUAUCAUAUAGGCUUAUUUUGCCAUCCUCUUUUCAACACAAUCGUGUUAGGACAACAGGGUGUAUUGAUAUUUCUUCAUCUAAUAAAAAAUCCAUUGGUCAAUGAUGUCUUAAA